UUUGGGUGUUGCUCCCGCCCCGCUUCCUCCGCCGCCUUCUCCACCGGGCUCGGGUGGGGCCCGGAGGCGGCGAGUGACAGCCACUGCGGGCCGCGGGAGCAGGGCGAGUGGCAGCCAUGUCGGACAGCGGGGCGAGCCGCCUGCGGAGGCAGCUGGAGUCGGGGGGCUUCGAGGCGCGGCUGUACGUGAAGCAAUUGUCGCAGCAGUCGGACGGCGACCGCGACCUGCAGGAGCACCGGCAGCGGGUGCAGGCGCUGGCGGAGGAGACGGCGCAGAACCUGAAGCGCAACGUCUACCAGAACUACCGGCAGUUCAUCGAGACGGCGCGGGAGAUCUCCUACCUGGAGAGCGAAAUGUACCAGCUGAGCCACCUGCUGACGGAGCAGAAGAGCAGCCUGGAGAGCAUCCCGCUGGCCCUGCUGCCCGCCGCCGCCGCGGGCGCCUCCGCGGGUGAGGACACGGCCGGCGCCGGGCCGCGGGAGCGCGGGGCUGCCCAGGCGGGCUUCCUGCCCGGGCCGGCGGGCAGCCCUCGAGAGGGGCCCGGGACGGGCGAGGAGGGCAAGCAGCGAACGCUCACCACGCUGCUGGAGAAGGUGGAGGGCUGCAGGGACCUGUUGGAGACGCCAGGUCAGUACCUGGUGUACAACGGGGACCUGGUGGAAUACGACGCGGACCACAUGGCCCAGCUGCAGCGCGUGCACGGCUUCCUCAUGAACGACUGUCUGCUGGUGGCCACCUGGCUGCCACAACGGCGAGGCAUGUACCGCUACAACGCGCUCUAUCCGCUGGACCGCCUGGCAGUGGUCAACGUCAAGGACAAUCCACCCAUGAAAGACAUGUUCAAGCUGCUCAUGUUCCCCGAGAGCCGAAUCUUCCAGGCGGAAAAUGCCAAGAUCAAACGCGAGUGGCUGGAAGUGCUGGAGGAAACCAAGAGGGCCCUCAGCGACAAGAGGAGGCGAGAGCAGGAGGAGGCAGCAGCCCCGCGUGCGCCACCACCGGCCACUUCCAAGGGCAGCAACCCGUUUGAGGACGAGGAGGAUGAAGAACUGGCCACCCCGGAGGCGGAGGAGGAAAAGGUUGACCUUUCCAUGGAGUGGAUCCAGGAGCUGCCGGAAGACCUGGAUGUUUGUAUUGCACAGAGGGACUUUGAAGGUGCCGUGGACUUGCUGGACAAAUUAAAUCACUACCUGGAAGAUAAGCCCAGCCCACCUCCUGUGAAAGAGCUGAGGGCCAAAGUGGACGAACGAGUGCGACAGCUCACCGAGGUGCUUGUGUUUGAGCUCUCCCCUGAUCGCUCACUGAGAGGCGGCCCCAGGGCUACUCGAAGGGCUGUGUCUCAGCUGAUCCGGCUGGGCCAGUGCACGAAGGCUUGUGAGCUGUUUCUGAGGAACAGGGCAGCCGCCGUGCACACUGCCAUCCGCCAGCUCCGGAUUGAGGGCGCCACGCUGCUCUACAUUCACAAGCUGUGCCACGUCUUCUUUACCAGCCUCCUAGAGACCGCAAGGGAGUUUGAGACAGACUUUGCAGGCACGGACAGUGGCUGCUACUCUGCCUUUGUGGUCUGGGCAAGGUCGGCCAUGGGCAUGUUCGUGGAUGCUUUCAGCAAGCAGGUUUUUGACAGCAAGGAGAGCCUGUCCACCGCUGCUGAGUGUGUGAAAGUGGCCAAGGAGCACUGCCAGCAGCUGGGAGAGAUUGGGCUGGACCUCACCUUCAUCAUCCACGCCCUGCUGGUGAAGGACAUCCAGGGGGCCUUGCACAGUUACAAGGAGAUUAUCAUUGAAGCCACCAAGCACCGAAACUCAGAGGAGAUGUGGCGUCGCAUGAACCUGAUGACUCCUGAGGCACUGGGCAAGCUCAAGGAGGAGAUGAGAAGUUGCGGGGUCAGUAACUUUGAGCAGUACACGGGAGAUGACUGCUGGGUGAACUUGAGCUACACGGUGGUAGCCUUCACCAAGCAGACCAUGGGCUUCCUGGAGGAGGCAUUGAAACUGUACUUCCCCGAGCUCCACAUGGUGCUCCUGGAGAGCCUGGUGGAAGUCAUCCUGGUUGCUGUGCAGCAUGUGGACUACAGCCUGCGGUGUGAGCAGGACCCAGAGAAGAAGGCCUUCAUCAGGCAGAAUGCAUCCUUUCUCUAUGAGACUGUGCUCCCGGUGGUGGAGAGGAGGUUUGAGGAAGGUGUGGGGAAGCCGGCCAAGCAGCUGCAGGACCUCCGGAACGCAUCCCGGCUCCUGCGGGUGAAUCCCGAGAGCACGACUUCUGUGGUCUGAGGCUCUGCUGUGUGUGUGCGUGUGUGUGUGAAUCCUGAGGGCACGACUUCUGUGGUCUGAGACUAUGCUGUGUGUGUGUGUGUGUGUGUGUGCGCGCGAGUGUGUGUGUGUGAAUCCUGAGAGCACGACUUCUGUGGUCUGAGGCUCUGCUCAUGUGUGCGUGUGUCUGUCUGUCUGUGCUACAGAUGCAGCAUUUGUAUUUACAUUACACAAUGUCAGCACAUUCCUCAGAGACACAAACAGCAUAUAAAAGUGCCCUCUGAAAAAUGCAGUCAAAAGGAGAAAGAUAAUGUGUUAAGCGUUACACAUAACCCCCCAAUACUGGGAUUGUCAGAGCACAUACCGUGUUUUAUUUUUAAUAACUCUUUAAGUAGAGUGUAUGGUCACACCAGAGCAUUUCAGGUUACUCUUUAACUUGAAACACACUUCUCAUAGUAGCACAUCCGGGAGCAUUGCACUUCUAUGCUACCUAGAAAAAUAUGUAAGUCCACAGGGUUUAAGAAUGUUGUAAAACAUUCCAAGUCAACAAAAUGGAUUCUUAAUGGUCAGUGCUAUGUAACACACCUGUGUCAUGUACUGAGACAAAUCAACAUGAAAUGAGUUGGGAAAAUUGGUUUGGGAUAAAUUUCAAUAAGUGGGCCUCAGGUCUGUCAGUAUUUGUAGCAUGUGGAAGGAAGCCUUCAUAAAACUUUGCAGGCAUCCAAAAGUCACUGAAAAGUAGCAUGUUCCAUGGCUAAUUAGAUGCAAGGUGGGGGAAUCACAAGGACUAUGUUGAAUUUUUAACAUAUUCCAGAACCAAAUGGACUUGCUGCUGCAACAUGUUUUGCCAUGUUCAGGAAGUGAGUCUUGCUGAAAAGCCACACCUAGGAUCCUAGCAGUAGGCGGGUGAGUGACUCCAGCCCCUGCAGACACUUCACCACCAGCCUAGGUUUAGAGCCACUGAGACUUCUGGCAAAUGCAGAACUCGAUAUUUGAGAAGAGUUCAGGCUGUCUGUAGGUUAGGAGUUUUAAAAAAAAAGACUGCAAUGUGACUCCUCAAGAAUGCUAGAGAUUUGUUUUUGGUUGGUUUGUUUUCUUGAGAUAGGUUUCAGCCCAGACGGUUUUGGGUUGGUGCUGUAGCCAAGGAUGACCUUGAAUUUCUAAUCCUGACUCCACUUCCCAAGGGCUGGGAUUACAGGUAUGAGCCACAAUGCCAUUUAUGCUGCAUUGGAGAAAAAACCCUGGCUUUCUCAUACUAGGCAAGCCCCCUCCCCACUGCUACACCUGCGGCCCUGGUGGUUUGGUAACUUAGUAACUGAGUGGAGAGGCACACACCUCAGGCACUGGGAAGGGACCUGUUGUGACUCCUCAACAAGAGCCUGGCAUGCUGGGGCACUUUUAGUCAGAGCACUGGGGUGCAGGGGCAAGUGGAUCUCUGUGUUCAAGGCCAGCCUGAUCAACAAGGUGAAUUCUAGGACAGGCAGGGCUCUGUAGAGAGAUGCUGCCUUAAAAACAACUUUUAAGAGAAUUGCAGAUUGUAAUACUUAUUUCAGGUUGUUGAGUAGGGAAAGGUGAGUAGGUGGGAGCCCCUAAGAUUUCUAAAGUGAGCUCUGCUCUGAUUACUUAAUGUCCUGGUAGGCUGUGGGUGCUGAAAAACAUCUUCCCACUAGCUUGUAGCUAGUUGUUUUGUCCAUGAUGCCAUGUUAUGUCCAUUGGUUCUAAAGGCUAUUCCUUGUCUCUUGAAUAAAAGAGGUAGUAGUAAGCCGUAAAAUGAUGUGAAAUGAUGUAAAAUGAUGUGAAACCCUAAAUGGCUUCUGCAGUGAUUCAGGGUGAAGACUCCUCAGCUUCAUUAACUUGUCAGGCCAGCAGUUUUUCUCUGUCUCUCCUUUUUUAGCUCUCCAUGCAUAGAAAGAUCGCUGAGGUCACCAUUGCAGCCUUUCACUUUUUCCAUCGUAGGGUUUGUUGUUUUAAAUGACAGGGUCUCUCUAUGAAGACCAGGCUGGCCUUGAACUCAGAGGUCAUCCUGCCUCUGCCUCCCGAGUGCUGGGAUUGAAGUCGUGCUCCACUAUGCCUUGCUAAGUUAGAAUUUUCCACAUGACCAUAACUGGAUGUCCCAGCCAAAGAAAUAAUACUAAUUUCUUUUAAGAUCACUGGAAACUGAAUUUCAUAGAAUUGUGUGGUUGUGAUGAUUAUUUGGUGCCACUUGGAGUUUAAUAUAUGGAACGUGCUGUGUGGAAAUCUCUUAUGGCCUAGAAGUGUAAGAAUGCUAACAUGUUUCCCCAUAUAAUAAAUGGCUGUAUCUUUAUGGAAAUGGAAGUAGAGAACUUUAUUCUGCUAAGAACAGGCUAAUGUGUUCCUCUGUGUAGCUGAGGGAAUGCAGUCUAGGAAAUCUGCAGGAAGCUUGAAGGAUUGUCCAGCAGUGGUAGUCCACGCAUGCUGACAUGUGACAACAUUAAAUGGGAAAUCUGCAGGAAGCUUGAAGGAUUGUCCAGCAGUGGUAGUUCCAUGCAUGCUGACAUGAUGUGACAACAUUAAACACCUUUUGUUUGCUUUAAAACUAACUGCAUAGACCAGGAAUCACAGACUGGGUUAAUUUCGGUUAGAGAAUUCAGCCUCUGAUGAGAGCCUCCUGUCACAUAAGUACUCAAAGUCAUUGCUGUUCAAGAUAUUACCACGAUUGCCAGCACAUUCAUCCUGCACCUGGUAUUAGUUAGGGCUAAGAAGCUGGAGCUGGCUGCAGAUGAAAGCAUUGCUGGACACUGCACUUUGAUGUAUUGUGAGAAACAACCUUUAAACUGAUAAAGCUUCAUAGCAUUCUCACUGAAGAGAACUGAUUGCUAUUAUAACAUUUUGUUUACUUGUUUUGAGACGGGUCUCACUCUAGUCCUAGCUAGCUUAGAAUUCUCUAUGUAGACCAGGCUGGCCUUGAAAUCUUAAGAGAUCUGCCUGCCUCCAAUUAAAGGCUCAGAUCAUACUCAGCUCUUUUAUCUUUUUCUCUGUGUGGCCCUGGCUGUCCUGGAACUUGCUCUGUAGACCAGGCUGACCUCAGACUCAGAGCUCCACCUGUCUCUGCCUCCUGAACACUGGGAUUAUAGAGCAGAUGCCUCCACCACUUGGCUUUAGUUAUCUCUAUUUACCAUUCUUAGGUUCUUCAUACUUCUCUUUUAGUUAUGUGGGGAGAACAGAGACCUAUAAGAUGACUUACAUAUUUUGCAUAGUAUCAGAAUUGUGAAGAAAAUGAAGUGUUGAGGGUGCUAGGGAUGAAACCCAGGGCCUUUCAAGUACUUGAAGCAACAAUCUAGGCCCCAGAAAAUGUAAGAUUAUUUAGGAUAUCCUUGAAUGGGAAACUUCAGAUAUACAAGGUGAAGAUCUUAAAAGCCAAGUUUUGUGCUACCUGCAGAUCACUUGACUGAGGCAAGCAUCACACCAGUGGGUGAAAAAUAAAGAAGCCAUUGUACAGUUAAAGGACCAAAUGCUGAGCUUCAUACUGCCUGUCAUCUGUACAGCUGUGCACAGCAGGAACCACCAUGUCAGAUGUCCAUGAUCCACUUCUCCUCAGCCUUGCCACAGGAGCGGUCAACUUGGUGUGCUGGCUGAUUUCACCUUUACUCACCAUUUUCCUGGAGUUACUGGUGCAUUUGCUGUGACACAGACCUAAUCCCCAAGAACCAAACUAUCCUUUCUUAAUUUAGAUAAACACUGCCAAACUUGACCACCAGGAAACUUGUGUAGUCUCUCCAACAACAGGAAAAUUUCUAUUUCCAUUCAUCCUCAUAAUUAUUCAUAGGCUGGUCUUGAGCUAUGGGACCCAUUGCUGCUGCCUCAUGUGUAGACAGAAGGGGUCACCACACCAGACUUAUUCACUCAGUUAUGUGAACGCAUGUCUUGGUGGUUAAAAGCCAUGGAGCUGGAGUUGCAGGUGUUCUGGACCACCUAACAUGGGUGGCAGGAUAUGAACUCGGGUCCAGUGGAAGUGCAGCAAGUGCCCUAACCUUUGUGCAUUUCUCCAGCUCCAGAUUUAUAGAUACUGUGAAUAAUACUUUUUUGAGUGGGGUAUGAGGCCUAGUACAGUGCUUCCCUAGCAUGCACAAAGCCCUGAUCAAUCCCCAACACUAUAAACACUGCAUGAUAGCCCGUGCCUGUAAUCUCAGCACUGAGGCAGAGGCAGGAGGACCCGAGGCUCGUUCAUCCUCAGCUACCUGGUGAGUUCAAGGCCAACACCUGACUGGUUGCAGCAUGCGUUGUUAGGUGAUUACGAACAUUUGCUGCUCUUGAGGGCGGGUUCAGUUCCCAGUACUCAGGUAAGCAGCAUUGGGGGUGUUGACAUGUGAUAGGUGACUGCAGCUGAUAGAGCUGUGACCUGCCCACCAGAGUCUACAGCCAGGUCACUGUUAAAUGGUGCUGCUUAUUUCAACAUGCAGGAAUCCCCUCUAGCUUCCCAAAGCAGCAGAUGCUGUCAGAGGACCUGUCUGUCAUUUGUGGCCCAGGGCAAUGGCUGCCCUAGGCACCAGAAAUAGAGGCAUGCACAGCCUGGGGAAUUUGGAGACAGAACCAACUUUGCUUGGUUCUUAGACUCAAAUCUCUUUCCCCAAUGACUGAGCUGCACCCUAGAUGCAUAUACUGAUGAGAAUGAGCCCCUCAGAAUGAGAUUA